GUUUGUCCAAGACAGAGACGUUCGAGGGUGCAAAGCAUGUGUUAAACGAGGCAGCCGUGGGCGAAGGGGGCCGGCAACAGCCUGUGGACGGCGCGGAGGUCUGGGGAGUCAAUCCACCCGAUGGUUAGCACUAUCACCCUUCCCAGGGCCGCGUCCGAGCCGGUGUUCGUCACGUCUCAGCAGAAGUUGUCGUCUCGCGCCGCUCCGGUGGAGGCCUGCCGCUCCGAGAACAGGACGACUGCGGCCGUUUCGGAGAGGCAAUUAGCCAGGAAAAUGCCAGACGCCGAGGACCCUGGCGCCGCUGAGAUCAGGCGCAUCAUGCAGUAUGGAGGCAACUGUGGAUCUCCUGCCAACAAUUCUUGGCUGGGAAUCUCUCCUCCCACGCGUACGACUGGGGCAGCCAACCCUCUGGUGCAGGACUUCAAUUGGCGCUCGAAUGCCUACAGGUGCUCACACAGCAACCUGCAGGCAUUGAGGGAGAUUGAUGCGCGCGGCGUGUCAUUCCUGCGUUGUUCCAGCCAGGGAGGGGACAGCCGGCUGCUGGUGGAGAGCCCUGAUUACGGCCUUCUGUCAGCCGAUGACUCGCAGGACACCACUAGCACCACGGUCUGCUACGUACCUCCCAGCCGCGAGUCAUGCCAGGCCACGUCAGCGGCCUCCACUGGGCACCUGCGCGUGGGAACGCCCCUGUCCUGCCAGAUGGGCUUCUUCGUGCGCUGAGGGAGCUGGGGG